AUGUGUGGUGUCUUGGCUCGUAACUCGGUCAAGAACUUGGUUGCAGCCGAGGUGCUUCUCGAGGAUGUCUCAAUUGUAGGUUUCGUAGACAGAUGGAGUCAUUUGUAUGUUUAUAAUGUGUCUCAUGUUGCUUUCUCAUGUGCUAAUAGCUCAUUUCUCUUGAAAGGACUAGCGAGAGCUACUAAGGGUAUGGUAGGCUUGGGAAGGACAAAAACCGCCUUGCCCAUUCAGAUUGCCUCGGCCUUCAAGUUACCUAACAAGUUUGCCUUUUGUCUUCCAUCUUCAACUGGGUUUCGCUUACCACCACUCAUCGUUAAUGCUGCUCAACCUGAUGAAUAUUUCAUUAGCGUGAAAUCUAUCAGAGUCGAUGGUACUAAACUCAUCUCUUUCAACACGUCCUUGCUAUCCAUCGAUAGAAAUGGAGUUGGUGGAACCAAAUUAAGCACCAUAACCCCAUAUACCAUCUUUCAAACUUGUAUCUACAAAUGUCUUGUUAGUGAGUUUGUGAAAAAGGCCUUAUUUAGAAAGAUCAAAAUGGUGACAUCCGUGGCACCAUUCGGAGCAUGCUUUAGCUCAAAGACUAUGGCUAGCACCAUAACCGGACCAGCUGUGGCAAGUAUUGAUCUUGUUGUGCGAAAGGGCGUUUAUUGCAGGAUUUAUGGUGCCAACUCAAUGGUGAGAGUUAACAAAGAUGUUUCUUGCCUGGGAUUUGUGGAUGGAGGGCCGCAUCCAAUAACCUCAGUCGUGUUAGGCGGGUACCAGAUGGAGGAUCAUUUUCUUGAGUUUGACCUAACUUCAUCCAAACUAGCUUUCAGCUCUUCCCUCCUCCUCUACAAUUCCAGUUGUUCCUUGUCCAGAACUUUUUAGA